ACGACGACGACGACGAAAACAACAACAAUAAUAAUUAACAUCGACGGCCACGCGCGCGGAGUGUAUACAUCAGUACAUACACAAUAACAUACAUAAUAUUAUUAUUAUAAUCAGUCGCGUAUUGCAUUUACUACGAGCGGCACGCCCGAAGUGUACAAUUAAUAGUGGUUUUCGUUCUCGCCGUGUCUUGUCGGUACGCAACAAUAAUAUUAAAUAUUUAUCUCGUUUCGUUCCGAACUUGCGUUUGCCGUUUUCGGUCAGUUCCACCAGACGUGCGAGUAUAAUAUAGUUUAUACAUCGGCGUGAUAAUGAGGCUGAUUAUAAUGGACAAUGCAGACAAAGUUUCAGAAUGGGCUGCCAAAUAUGUGGCAAAGAGGAUAAAACACUUCAACCCAGGGCCCGACAGAUAUUUUGUUUUGGGGUUACCCACAGGUGGGACGCCAUUAGGAAUGUACGAGUAUUUGAUCCAAUAUUACAGGGCUGGAGAUAUUUCAUUCAAGUACGUCAAGACUUUUAACAUGGAUGAAUACGUGGGAAUACCAAGAGAUCACGUGGAGAGCUAUCAUUAUUAUAUGAUGACGAAUUUUUUCACGCACGUCGACAUAGAUCCAAAUAACGCACACAUCCUGGACGGUAACGCUGUAGACUUGCAUGCGGAAUGCAUGAAUUACGAACGGCUGAUAGAAGAGGCUGGUGGAGUUCAUCUAUUUAUUGGAGGCAUUGGUCCGGACGGUCAUAUAGCAUUCAACGAGCCCGGCUCGUCAUUGGCGUCUAAGACCCGAGUGAAGACUUUGGCCCGAGAGACAUUGGAGGCAAAUGCCAGGUUCUUCGACAACGACAUUGAGAAAGUCCCUAAACAGGCAUUGACGGUUGGCGUAGGAACAGUGAUGAGUGCCGAAACGGUUAUGAUACUGAUCACGGGAUCACACAAGGCGUUCGCUCUGCAUAAAGCCAUUGAAGAAGGCGUCAAUCACAUGUGGACCGUUUCGGCGUUCCAACAACAUCCGAAAACAAUCAUACUAUGCGACGAAGACGCUACAUUGGAAUUGAAAGUUAAGACUGUGAAAUAUUUUAAGGCUUUAGGUGCCGUUCAUGAAAAGCUCAUUGAAGACAACUCAGAUUCAUGAAUAAAUCAUACCAUAAAUGAUUGUUUUUUUAAAAAUCCAUACAAAAUAUAUGAAUAAUUAUUUAUCUAUAUAAUUGUACAUACUAAAUUAUAGUAUUAGUUAUUAUAAGAAUUUGGUUUAAAUAUUCAUAUUUUUAUAUCUAUUAUAACUCAUUUAUUUUAAUAACAAUAAUUAUAAUUUAAUUUAAUAUAAUUAAAUAACAUGUUAUCAAUGA